AUGCUGCACCAUGGGAAGCACUGGAAGUCCAUGUGCAAGGGGCUCGUCCUGGGGACCCUCCUGACCAGCUUCAUGCUGCUGCUCUACUCCUACGCCAUCCCCCCGCUGCAAGUCAGCGUGACAGAGCUCACGGUCCCCUCCUCCUGCUCCUCCCACCCCUCCCCGCGCAAGUGGCCGCCGGACCCCAACGGCACGGGCAGCGCCUCGGGCCGGGGCUGCGCGCCCAAGCUGAACGUCAUGUUCAUGAAGACCCACAAGACGGCCAGCAGCACCAUCCUCAACAUCCUCUUCCGCUUCGGCGAGAAGCACCGCCUGAGAUUCGCCUUCCCCAACGGCCGCAACGACUUCUACUACCCGGCGUUCUUCGAGCGCAGCCAGGUGCGGCACUACCGCCCCGGCGCCUGCUUCAACAUCAUCUGCAACCACAUGCGCUUCCGCUACCGGGAGGUGCAGCAGCUCCUGCCCCCCGACGCCACCAACCCCGCCUACCUCUUCGAGUCGUCCUUCCACUACUUCGGGCGCGUCGUCCCCCUCACCUGGAAGCUGAGCGGGGAGGAUAAGCUGGCCGAGUUCCUGCGGGAUCCUUGGCGCUACUACGACCCCAACGGGUUCAACGCUCACUACCUCCAAAAUCUUCUCUUCUUCGACUUGGGCUACGACAGCAACAUGAGCCCCGACAGCCCGCUGGUGGAGGAGAGCAUCCGGGAGAUCGAUCGCCGCUUCCACCUCGUCAUGUUGCUCGAGUACUUUGACGAGUCCUUGGUGCUGUUGAAGGACCUGCUGUGCUGGCAGCUGGAGGACAUCCUCUACUUCAAGCUCAACGCCCGGAAGGGCUCCACCGUCUCCCGGCUGACCCCCGAGCUCUACGAGAAGGCCACCUCCUGGAACCUCAUCGACGCCAAGCUCUACCGGUAUUUUAAUGCCACCUUCUGGCGCAAGGUGGAGGCCUACGGGAGGGAGCGGAUGGCCAAGGACGUGGCUGAGCUGCAGCGGGAGAACGAGAAGAUGAAGAGCAUCUGCAUCGACGGAGGACACCCCGUGGAUGCCAGCGCCAUCCAAGAGUCCUCCAUGCAGCCCUGGCAGCCGCUGGGGGAAAAGUCCAUCCUGGGCUACAACUUGAAGAAGAAGAUCAACAAGAAGCACCAGAAGCUGUGCCGCAAGAUGCUGACGCCCGAAAUCCAGUACCUGACCGACCUGGGAGUCAACCUGUGGAUCACCAAGCUCUGGAGCCGGGUGCGGGACUUCCUGAAGUGGUAG